AUGGCAAAUAUAGGGACUUAUCAGCUCAGCUAUGACGAGCAGCAGCGCGCGAAGUCCGAGGGCUUGGCGCGCGCCCGGAUGCGGCGCCUGCUCGCCGUGCGCGAGCGCGACAGGCAGCUCGCAAAGUCGCGCGCCCGCUCCUACCAGGCGCUCUGCGAUGAGUCCGCGGCGCGGCUGCGGCGCGAGCUGAUCGCUUUGCUUGAGGAGCAGCGCGCCGCCGAGCUCGCCGAGCUGCAGCAGCA